UGUAACGGACAAAGUUAAACGCUGUUUAAAUAUCUACUAGAAAAUCAAACUGAUAAAAACAUAAAACUGUAAAUGUAUUGACCUAAACAUGCUAACAGAAAAUAAUCCGUACUAAAAUGGAAUAAACUUUCGAUUGUACUGUAAAUAAUUAUCGAUACAGAGAAUUAUAUAUUAUAUUGCUUCAAAGAAUUAAGAACUAAGAUGACUGAAAACUAGUUUACAGUGCGCAUUUCUUCAUUUAUGUUUUAACACGGGUUUGUGUUGGACUAAGACUACUCUAGUGUUUCAAAGAGAACUAAUUAGCGGAAUGUUUGCGAGACUUAAAAACUUGUACAUAGGGUGUUUUUCUUUAUUUUUGAUAUUUAGUGUUUUAAUAUGUUUACGCACAAAUCCUUUUGGAAACAGCGAGGUGCAUUUUGGACCAGCAGUAUGGUUUAGGCCUAUUUUUUAUCCAAAUUUAGACGGUACGCAACAGCCUUCAAGUAAUUUUAGCAAAACAGAAAAGGGUCCGACUACAAAAAUAGUGAAAGAGCAGAAGCUGUCUACAACGGGGAGCCAACGAUUAAAUGAUACGGAACACAAAAUUGUUCAAGGUACAAGAAAAAAAUAUUAUCCUAAAGUUCAUGUCACGAAUGUUGUUGGCAGACUAGGUAAUGCCAGUUUGAACGGAUCUGUAAACUGUAGCAAGAAGAAAGUGAGUUUAUCUCAAACAGUGCUACCUAUAACUGGGCUAGUCAGCUUUCCAGGAUCUGGAAAUACGUGGACUCGGCACCUCAUACAGCAGAUGACAGGACUUGGAACAUCCAGUGUGUAUUGUGACGGAGGAUUGAGAGCGCGGGGUUUCCCGUAUGAAUGUGAUCGUGACAGGGCUAGGACUGUGGUGGUGAAGACGCAUGAAGCAAGACAUUUUAACCUAUUCAAAAAGAUAGUGCUGCUUGUAAGGAAUCCGUACGAUGCCCUAUUGUCGUAUGCAAAGUUUGCAAAGGCUGGACACACAGGCCAUCCAUCAAAACAAGUCUUGAUUCAAGCCAGCACCAAAAUGUUCGAGCACUCUCUGAAAUGGUAUGUUAACCUGACCAGGAACACCAUAGGAAAGUUCAAAGGACCCGUACAUGUUGUACAGUACGAAAGACUUCAAAGUGAUAUGGCACGUGAGCUGAGAAAACUUGCCUCAUUCUUUAAUCUAAGUGUCUCUGAUAAGGAUAUAGAUUGUACAGUUAAACUUCAGGAGGGUAAUUUUCAUCGUAAAACAAGCGAAGCAAAUCAUAUACAACUUCUACAUACUGUUUACACGAAGAAAAAACUUUUACGCCUACAAGAGGCGGCACGGUAUUCAGAGAAACUUUUAAAAGAUGCAUAUAAUGUAGAUAUUGACUUAGGUGGUACAACUGAAAAAAUGCUGUAACACAGUUUCAGACUUCCUAAUGCAUAUGUAAAACAAUGGUUAAUAUACGUUAUCAAACAAAGUUGUGUGCCAUGGGAACUCAGUGCCAUUACAAUCGUUAUUUUCACCACGGAGGUAACGUACUUGCACAUUCAAAUGCAUUGAAAGGUAAAGUGGACUUGCUGCCAUUGAAAGCCUUACUUUCACCAUGAAGGUAACACGCUUUCGUAACGAAGGGAGAUUUCACAUUGACAAAACAGUGAAACACAUCUAUUUAUGUACGUUAUGUACAAUCAUACAAAUAGAUUUAACGUUCAACACAAUGUAGAUCAUAUGGCAACUUAACCAGCUUUUGAUGGCGGAGGAAUACCUCAGUGUCCCCUCUAGGCAAUGUUUAGGCAUGGGCGGGCAUCUGGGUAGAAACACCGACAUUCCGUAAGAAUGUUGGUGGAAAACUCGG